AUGCAGACUCAACAAGCCACAGGUAACACCAAAUCUAACCAGUCGACCACACUUAAAAUAUUCGAAAAGCAUCACAUACAUGGUCAGCUUCCAAAACAGCUUCAUAACAGCCACAAAAACAUCUCAACAUACCAUUCAACUUACCUAGUGACCACCUGGACCCAUGUAAGGCGCACCACCCUGAUGUGGACGAACCCCAUAACCUCCUUGCAUCCCCUGCUUGCCCACAUAGCCCCCACCACCUUGACCACCAUAACCCGUGUUAUUCAUAAUCGUGGCCAACAAAGCUGCCACGGCCUGCCCUAUAGCCGCAGGUGCCACCGCCGGAUUAUAACCCACCUGGCCUGUGUUGGGUGCCAUCAAGUGCCCACCCGCAGAAGAAUACCUUCCCUUCUUGGCUGUGUGACGGUAGUUCCCUUGGUGCUGACGUGGCGUCUGGCUCUGCUGGGGGCUGAAAAAGCCCUUGGCGUGCUUGGGCCCAUCCACAGCCUUCUGGCAGUGGCCUUCUUUGCGCUCUCAAGAGACUUGUACACAAACAGACAGAACCCUCUUGGUUUCCCAGUCUGCUUGUCCAGGCCCAGCGGGCCUUCUUCAAUCUCACCAAAUGUGGAGAAGAAUUCCGAGAGCUUAUUCGGGUCGAUCUCGGGGGACACAUUGCUCACCAGCAGCCAUUGGUGCUGUGGGAGCUUUGACGGGCCCCGCAGAGGCCAGCUGGCACGACGCCAUCCGGCCCUCGAUCAGCUUUUGCGGCUCCUUCAGGGCCUUCCGGGCCCCCUUGCGGUGCUUGAACAGAAUGAAAGCGUAGCCCUUGGAUUUCCCAGAGAUCUUGUCUUUGACAACCUUGCAGUCCUGGACUUCACCAUACUUGCUAAACGAGGUGGUGAUGGACUCGUCACUGGCCUCCCAGCCAAGCCCGUGGACGAAAAUCUUACGGUGUGA